CCCCACACCCCGCUCUAUCCGUGUCGAUUCCACGCAGCCCCAGGCGAUGACCCCCCUCUGACCCUCAGCGCUCGGACCCCGGGCUGCUCAUUGCCCCAUCCCCGACGGCACCGCCGCCCCCGGGGCGCGGAUCCAACCCCUUCCGCGGUUUCACCGUGACGCUGCAAAGAGCGGCGAUGGCGGCGGGCGGAGGGCGGGCGGCGCUGCGGGGAGCGGCGCUGUGCGGGGCGGGGGGAGGCGGUGCGGGGCGCGGAGCGGCGGAGAGGAGACCGGAGGUGGCGGAGGUGGCCAUGGCCGAGCAAGAGGGGAACGGUGACACCGGGAGUAUCCACACGCAGCACAUUGCCGCCGUACACAACGUGCCCAUCAGCGUCCUCAUCCGGCCCAUCCCCUCCGUGCUGGAGCCGGAAAAAGUGCGGAGUUUGGUGCGGACCCUGCAGGAGGAUCCCGAGCGUGUCCCCCCCAUCGACGUGCUAUGGAUCAAGGGCAGUCAGGGCGGGGACUACUUCUACUCCUUCGGGGGGUGUCACCGCUACGCGGCGCACCGGGAGCUGAACCGGGACACCAUCCCCGCCAAGAUCAUCCCGUCCACGAUCAGCGACCUCCGCACCUACCUGGGCUCCUCCACGCCCGAACUGCGCUGAGACGGACCCCCCCGGCCCGGGGCUGACCUGGGCACCUCGCUCGUCCCCGGCGCUGCGGUUGGGUUGGGUCGCGGGGGGGGUCCCGGUGCCGGUGGGUGUCACUCGCGGCCGGGAGGUGGCGACCGUGUGCCGCGGGAACGGGGCGGGGAGGGACCGGACCGGGACAUCGCGAACCGAGAACCGGGAACUGCCCGAACCCGAACAUCUCGAACCAGGACACUGUGAACCAGGAUAUCUCCAAAGUGGGACGUCUCCGAACCGGUGCAGCACCGAACCGGGCACAGCUGAGCCGGAGCAUCUCAGAAUCAGGAGGGAUUGGGUCGAGCUGGGGCAUGUGGAACUGGGACAGGACAAAGCCAAACCCAGGCACCACCGAACCAGGGCACCGCCGAACUGGGGCACACACAAACCAGGACGAUCCUGUACCGAGGCAAACACCAACCCCAACCUUCCCCCCACCACUCCAGGCUCACUCCGAGCUGUGCCUGCCCCAGAGCUGCCUGCUCCAUCCUCAGGUGCAUCCCACAGCCCCUUCUCAAUAGGGUUAUCUCCAGGGGACACCCACUGCUGCCCUGGGAAUAAAGGUGACCAAACCCCCUG